AUGGCCGCCGAUGUCUCCUCGCUGGCGAUGCCCGUCACGCCCCAGUCACAGCCCAAGAGAAUAUACGCCGGCAUACAAGAAAGCGACUUUGACUUGACCACAAUCCCCGACCCUCGAAGCAGAGCGAUGACACCAUCCAACGCCGACGAUGCCUCGAGUGUUCAUCAACACCCCGAACUGAACGACGAGGUCGCACAUCUUAGCUCCAAGCUCAUCCACGCCAUCAAUCACCAGACGACUCUCGACGACAACCUCUCGCAGACCCGCGCCGAGCUUGAGAGGGCACGGGAGCAGAUCCAGUCCAUGGAGGUCCAGCUUGAAAAGCAAAGAGAAAUGUUGGUUGGCGAUAUUUGGAUCAGGCGCAAGUCGGCAGAGGCAGAGAAGACUAACUUGCUGUCUAGAAUUGCUGACGAAAAGAGAUUGCGCUUGGAGGCCGAGGAUGAGAAAAGAAGAAUCGAGCAAGAGUUGGAAAACCUGACGACCGAACUAUUCGAAGAGGCCAACAAGAUGGUAAUCUCGGCCAAAGAGGAGGCACGCAAGGAGCAGGAGGUCUUGCAGCGUAAGAACAGCGCGCUCAAGGCCCAGCUGGCCGACACAGAAGGUCUGCUCCAGUCCCAACAAGAACAGUUGAUCGAGUUGAAGCACGUCAUGGAGCAAAUGAGCGACCAUGACAACGACACCGCGACGACAACGCCAUCAUCCCCAGGUUACAGCAAGUUCGAUUCGAGAGAGGACGACACGCCCACGUCGGAUCUAGGCUCGCAGUCCGGCAUCCCAGACCUCGUGUCUCCAUCCUACCCCACGAGCUUCACCCAUCUCUUGCAACCGGUCCUUCGCAACGACAUUGGCGCUUAUGAUGACUUCGUGAGUCUUUGCAAGGCAUCGAGAACGCCCGCGAGCCGACCGCCAUCAGGAAAUCACUCCACCCUCGGCCUCGGCCUUCUGGGACCGGCUUCCAGCGUCACCUCCAUAGGCAUACCUUCUAGCGCCUCUACUGCGUCUCUGUCAUCAAUGGGAUCACCCGCGGCUUCUUCUACACUGUCCAUACAGACACCGAAUACUCCAGGCUCCACCGUUAGCGGAAUGUCCACCGCAUCUAUGGUUCCGAUUCCGCCAUUGAAGGACUGCAAAUUCUACAAACGGGUACUUGCUGAAGAUGUCGAGCCGACGCUUCGCCUGGACAUGGCCCCGGGCCUGUCCUGGUUGGCACGGCGCUCGGUUAUCUCAGCCAUGUCUGAUGGCUCCUUGGUUGUUGAACCUGUUCCAACAACGGGCACAUAUGCCAUGCUCUCCAAGCCGCAGUUCUAUCCGUGCUCCCUCUGCGGGGAGAAUCGAAAGGAUGACCAGUACCUCCGACGAUACCGCUUCCGCACCAGCGAGAGCAGCUCCUCGCAGCGUUACCCUCUCUGUCGGUAUUGUCUCAGCCGUGUGCGAGCCACAUGUGACUUCCUCGGUUUCCUGAGGAUCGUCAAAGAUGGCCACUGGCGGACCGAUGACGAGGACUCGGAGAAAUCCGCGUGGGAGGAGAGUGUCAGACUAAGGGAAAAUAUGUUCUGGUCUCGCAUAGGAGGUGGCGUCCGUCCAAUCCUUCAGGGCUUCCAUGGGCACUCCAACAGCAUGGCCGAGAAAAGUCCCCGUCCGAGUCAGGAAGAGCCCGUUCACAUGGAACAAAAGCCUCUCUCUGUGAUAGAAGAGCCGAAGUCACUGGACGACGUGAGGGAAAUAAGCCCCGAGGACGAUGACAAUGCCGAAGACUUUGCGACCCCACUGGAAGAAAGCUCUCUCGAGACUACUCCGGGUGGUCAAUCGCACACUCCUGAGGACAACAGUGAUACUUCAGAUGACAAAUCGGUUAUCGUUCACGAACCCACGUCGGCUGAAACUGGAAAGCCUGCGGAAACUGAGACAAAGCAAGAGAUAGAAGCAAUUCCUAGGCCGCCCCGAACCCCCGAGCCGACGGACAUGAACCGUUUGUCUUCACAGUCGCUUACACCGACUUCUUCAUAA